AGUAAGCCAGUGACUUCUUUGAGCUCCGUCCACGUUCUACAACCCUCUGGAAAUCAGCGGGGCAUCUUGAAACGUAAUCGCCUAGCUUCAGUCCUGCCUAAACGCUCUGAUGGCCACGUUGACAUUCCGAGCUUUGCAGCUCGCCAACGAGCAACGGAACGCAUAUGGGCUUCGAUACAAUGAUUACACCAGAUACAGAAAACAUUGUGCCAAUCGUACUCACCGACUUCGAUCUACGCUGAAGAUGACCCAUGGUAAGGGCAGGGAGUUCAAGAAGCUGCCUCCCCUGACCCCGGAGAACAUGAAGGAUGCCCACCUCGAACUCCUUCUCUUGGAGGCUGAGCGCGCCUGGGCAUACUCGCAAGACCUUCUUGCGCAAUCCCGCGUCCCCGCAAACGACGAUCACGCCGGCACACUCCGUCACAGUGCAACUGGUCGCUUCCGACGCGCUGUAAACUGGUCUACCCAGCUGCUUUCUUUCUGCCAGACCCUCUACAACCAAUCACAGCUCUCUGCCGAAUGUCUCCUCCAGGCGACGGUGUACACUUUGAUUCUCAACGGCCGUUUCCUCCGCUAUCGAGAUGAGUUCGACGAUGCGUUGAUCCAGUUGGCAGUUGCGCGUAGUUUGUUGGACGAACUGGCCGCUCGGGCUGCCACCAGUCGCGAUCAGGCGCUUGCGUCCGUGUUCGCCGACGAGAUUGGACCUGAGAUACGGUACUGCGCUCACGAGCUCGGCGACUCCAAGUCAUACGAGGUCGAUGCGAUCGUUGCGCGUAUUGCGGGCCAGCAUCGAAAUGAGAUUGUCGAAGGAGGCGCUGCUUUGAUCGCACAGUUCCAACAAGACUCAGAAGCUCAUGGACGAGGUGAAGGCAGGAAGGAACUGAAGCCGUUGAUUUGGGAAGGUCAGCCUGUACCUGUGCGCAACCCGGAGUUAGUGGAUGUCCUCUUGAAGGUACAACAAGCGGAGGCCAAAAUUGCCGACGCUCACAAGGAUGCUGGCGCUGCUCCGAGAGCGAACAAGGGAAAGAAAGGUGUCGCUGCGUUUGAUGCCGUGUUACUGGCCCUCAGCGAUGCUGAAGACGUUGCGAGGAAGCUACUUGAAGCACAGCAGAUAAGUGGUCUAUCGAGCUCAUCCGGCGCUGGCACUCGGGACAUCCACUUUGUUCAUGCCUACAUCGUCUACCAGCUACUUUCACGGCGCACGCAACGUGAUUUACUCCUAGUUUCUACCCUUUUGAGCACACAGCCAGCAGCCCCCAAACCACAGCGUGGUUCUGCACCAAAGCAAAGGAAGGAGCAGAUUGACGUUCGCGUGUAUCCGGCAGCCGUCAAGGUCCUGGAUACGAUCGUACAGAAUCUCAUCCAGAUGCGCGACCUCAGCAUCGUUGACGACAGCCCUGACCUGGUAUCAGCUAUAGAAGCGCGCCUCCUGUUCACCAAAGCCAGAAGAUGUUUGCGACUUGCACAAUGCUACGUUGCAGUCAAGAAGUACGGCGAGGCCCUUACGCUAAUACAGCACGGCAACAUACACCUUCGCGAAACGCGUUCCAUUCUCAGCACCUUUGCCGAAGACCCACUGAUCUCUAGUGGAUCGCCGGUCUUCUACGUACUCGCAAAAUUGGACAUUGACGAGCUAGAAGCUCUGUUCGCAGAGGAGGCGCUGUCGUCCAAGAAAGACUGGUUCGCAUACAACGGCGGCAAGCUGGAUGGCGACAGCAAGACUCACAAGAAGCCACUCUUCUUUGAUAUCGCGCUCAACUACGUGCAACUAGACAUAGACCGACUGCAGGAACGGGCUGGGAAGGCACCACCGCCUAGCCAGGCUGCAGCUAAACCUACCAGUGCACAAAAACAACCCGAGCCAGAGAAGAAGGCGCAGGCUCCCGUAAAGUCAAGACUGGAGGAACAGGAACGACCGGAAACUCCGGAACCUGCGGCUCCUGCCCGCGGCGGUUUGAGCAGUUUGUUAGGUGGUUGGUGGGGAAGGAAAUAGUUGUGUGUAUCAUGUAUCAAGAACAUCACUACCACCACCAUUACUUCGCAUUGUUCUUGGGGAAUUAUCGUUGAGCUGCCUCCAAUGCCCAUCCUACACCUCAUUGCGAAUCAGGAUCAUAACGCAGCAGACAGGGAUAAAGCCAUAAAAAUCCGAGAUUAUGCCGAAGGCAACCGUGACGCCGAGGCUACGCGACUGCACGCGUUCGAAACGUUAUGGUUAACCGUGGAGAGACGUGUCAUGAGAUAACUUGGUUUUCAUGUCGUGUCCUUCUCAAUAGCGCACCUCAUUGAUUACUCACGAGUUC